GAUACUAGGCACUGUUCUUGAAGGCACGGCUCACCCAACACUGUUGUGACCACCACAGAAUCCGAGUCAGCCAGCGCACUGAGUACUGUCACACUAUACACCAUUCUCAGCAGAUACGAUCUUUUUUUUAUCUCCCAGCUCUUGCGUGCGAAAAGCAAGUCUCAUACACAUUCACAUUACAAGUCGUGACGUCGAGGAUCACUACCCUGGCAAACUGCAGGAACUUCAAUACACUAGUUUUUGCCGUGAACUAGAAUAUCUUAGGUUCGCUUGGAGAUCAUUCUAAGUGGAAAAACAAUGGACAUGGAGGAGGAACCUCUCGAGCUAGGGCCGAACACGGAAUUUCUUCAAGCUCUGCACUUGUCUCCCGACAUCCAUGAUAAGGAUGUCCGUGGUAUACUCAUGCCAAUGAUUUUGUCGGCAAUUUACGACGACAAUCCAGUGUUAUCCCUUGAUAAAAUAUGGAUAGCUGUAGAAGAUAACGAUGGCCAUACGUACUUGGACCCGCUUGAUGUUUUAGGCCAUCUAAUCGCCUGUCCUCGGCAAGGGGCAGAUGAUUUUAUGUACUUUCUAGGUGCGCACUUUAGCCCAAAGGAAGUUAUACUGGCGAUGCAAGAAUACGUUGAGCGCAUGAAAAUCGGCUUUCACGAAGAUAAUGCCGAAGAAAACCAGUUAGCACCAGCAGCGCAACUCGCCAACGUGGCUCUUGUGUAUAAUGUUUCUAUAUUUCGAUUAGUGUUGAAGAAGAAAUCACCAUACGAAACUAUAUUCCCAUUAUUGUCUGAGCUCACAUCGGUAGUCAAUCUAGUGGGCGGACGUGCUGCCAAAGUUGAUGGCCGGAAUUUGAUAAGGGAGAUAAGUAACCUAGCAUCUUCCACGCACAGAUGGGUAGUUCGGAGUUCUAACAAACAUCCUGAAGAUAUCCAGAAUACCAAUGACCUUCUUGGAAAGCUAAUUGAUACAUCUAUCCAAUCAUGUGCAUCAUGUAUCCAAUCAUCACUUGCUGCUAGGUCUUUCGAGGCUCAUUUCCCUCGACUUGUUGUGACUUCCUAUGUAAGUCCAGAUUGGAAUAAUGGACAAGCAGUUAUUUUUUCUGCAAUGAAAAUUUUGGUUAUCCUGGGAAUCGAGCCUGAAAUUAUUUGGAACCCACCUACUAUCAGCAACCUCGUUUAUCUCGCGCACUCCCCACAUCCGUUAGCGGAUCCACUCCAGCUUUUGAAUAAAAUCUUGCCUGUUCUCAUAUCAUCCCUACAAAUGAAUGUGGCAUUGGACGAAUGUCUUUACCUUCUCCUAGAUUGCCUAACACGGAUGUCGGCCGCUGUGGAUCUCCCAGACGAGGUUGUGAUACCGCUUUGCGAUACACUCCCAGCGUUGGCCAGUGGUCAUCCAGAUGCCUUCAUUAGACACAUUACGUUCCGCCUCCUCUCACUGGUUCUUGCACUGUCCUCUCCUCCAUUACGCCUUCAGAUUCUUCGGGAGCUGACUUCGGAGCUCAGUCCACCUCAGAUGCGUGCCUCUGCUAUCGGCUUGGUGAAAGAAGCGAUGAUGGAGGCCUUAGGAUCACCUGCUGCGAAGGGCGCAAACAUUUUUGCUUCUCCUCUUCUCUUACAGGCCUUCGGUCCCAUCCUUUUUAGAACCAGCCCUCCUUACUUCUUCUCAAGUAUUCACUCACUUGAUGACAUCCGAGAGUCCUUGGAACCGGCCCGUUUGGUUGAAUGUCUUUCACUGUAUUAUGUGCUGCUGCAAAGAGAUACAGAAAACAAGACGGGCGUGCGAGAUCGCGAUCAAAUCUCUAGCGUCAAAUCGUCAUUACUGAAACCACUCAGCCUCUUUUUGGAGCAGAACGAACGAACUGUGGUUCAGCUAAUAGCCCUCAGGGUUAGUCUCGACAGAGUUGAUGAUGCUUUAGAAAAAAUCGAAAAAUCUUGAGCCAAGAAAUCGAAUAUGCUUUCUCCCUG